CACGAAUUGAUCCCAUUCAUGGACGCAGUACUGUAAAGGCACUUCCGGCAGACAUAGUGUACAGACGCAUGCGCUCAUAAGGUGGUGACUGGAGGUUCUCACAAGCAGAAGUUCAGUAAGCACUUAGGGCAAAGUACUGUGUACCAGCCUAUUCUUUCGGCCAUGGUCGAGGCGCCGCGGACGACAGUGCUGGUCGGCGAGCUGGGCGAGCACUCUUCUCUGGUAGAGGCACUUUAUUGGCUGCGCGUCCUCCAGCCUGCCGUGCUCCUACUCGUACUCUUGCUAUCGGUCGUUCUCGGCCCUAGUCGUAGAUUCUUCGGCUCAGCCUUUCGCCGUGAUCGGUACGCUCAGCUCACCUUCAAUGACGAGGAGGCUCCCGAAGCUGGCUCAGCACUUGCCGAUCAAGAUGAAACGCCGCAACCCACGCCAGUGAUAGUUCCUGUUCGCUCACGGAGACGACUCUUGACGCAAUAUGCGCUCCUUGGACUGGCAACAACUUAUCUAUCAUCAGGAGUUCUCAUCGUUCUCAGGGCCGUUCUCCCCAAUUACUCUGACCCGGGUCACCAGCAUGUCUGGACACCGGACUUGCUCCUGUGGCGAGGCUCGCACCUCCAAGCCGUUGGCGGAACGCUCGCAUGGGCGGGUAUCGCGCUGGCGUUGUUGCUGGAGGAGCGCUCCCGUGGCAUGAAAGGCUCUUAUGGUCGAGGGAAAGCAGCAUGGUCGAUCCUGUUUGGCAUGGCAGUCGAUAUUGCGGUGUUCGUGCUGUACUUUGUCAUCAAAGGAGGAGGACGCAUGCUGCCAGACACGAACGCCUGGACGAUCGUCCAGCUAUGCAUCAUAGUCAGCCGCUUCAUCCUGCUCUACCCGGCGCUCUUCAUCGCGCUCUGCUGGGACCAGGUCAAGUUUGUCCGCGCUACCGAGAUUGCAUCCCAGCAAUCUGGACAGCAGAAUGUUGAUCCGUCCGAGAGAAACUCGCUGCUGAACCCACGCUCCGCAGCGCUCACAACGAACUAUGGCGCAGCAGGUCCAUCUUCGUCGGCUUCGUCUGCUGACAGCACCAAGAACGGUAGCAGCAAACCCAAUGACGGUCGCACUGCUGGCCAAACUGAUCUCGGGCUCUCUGUCGCCGCGACGCCGCCACCCCCGACGCUUCGUGUCUUCAUUCAGCGCGUCACCAAGCUCUUCCCCUACCUCUGGCCGUCAAAAUCGCCUCGUCUACAAGCUCUUGCCUUGCUUUGUGCAGUCGUGCUGCUCAUCGCACGCUUCGUCAAUUUGCUUGUGCCGCUUACACUCGGCGCGAUCGUCGAGGAUUUGGGCAUGGGUGUGGCCCCAUGGUGGCACAUUGGGCUUUUCACCCUGCUCAAGCUAUUCCAGGGAGGAUCCGGAUUCCUCCGCUUUGUGCAAUCUCAGGCAUGGAUCCCGGUCAUGCAGUACAGCGAUAGAAUGAUGAGCAUGAUGGCCUUCGAGCACCUGCUUAAUUUGUCGAUGGCGUUUCAUACGAAGAGGAAAACUGGAGAGGUUCUCCGCAUUCUUGAUCGUGGCGCCGCGAUCAACAAUCUUUUCGAGUAUUUGUUCUUCCAGCUCGUGCCAAUCUUCAUUGACCUGCUCGUUGCAAUCACCUACUUGACACGUGCAUUCUCGUGGCGGAUCGGCCUGACGUUAUUCAUCAUCAUGUACGCCUACGUUUGGGUUUCUGUCAAGCUCACCGCAUGGCGGACGGACUUACGCAGGCGGAUGAACAAUCUCGACUCCGUCUCCCGUGCGCUUCACACUGACGUUUUGCUAAACUGGGAAAGCGUCAAGUGCUUUGGAAAUGAGGAGUUCGAGGCGGGUCGGUACCGCGACUCUCUGAUCGAGUACCAGAAAGCGGCAUACCAGGUGCAAGCCAGUCUCAAUGUCCUGAACUUGACGCAGAACACCAUCAUUUGCGUGGGAACCCUCAUCACAACUUUGAUGGUGGCGUCAUCGGUCGUGCGCGGCCAGACAACGCCUUCUCAAUUCGUCGUAUUUAUCACGUACCUGCAGCAAGUCUACAGUCCUCUCAACAUGCUCGGCACACUGUACCGAGUUGUACAACAAAACUUCAUUGACACGGACAAGCUGAUGGGUCUCCUGGAUGAACAGGCAGAAAUCAAGGACGAACCUGAUGCAAAGGAACUCGUCGUCACAGAGGGUGUCAUCGAGUUCCGAGAUGUGCACUUUGCGUACGAGUCUGGCAAGGUCCAAGCACUCCGGGGGCUGAACAUGAUGCUUGACGCCAAGUCCGCCUGCGCCGUCGUCGGCGAAUCGGGCGCGGGAAAGUCGACCAUCCUUCGCUUGCUGUUGCGCUUCUACGCCCCUCAAAGCGGCACGAUCUACAUUGACGGUCAGGAUAUUUCCAAGGUCACGCAGAAGAGCCUGCGCAAGGCGAUCGGCAUCGUUCCACAAGAUUCAUCGUUGUUCAACUCGAGCAUUCGCACCAACAUCCUUUAUGGCCGUGUCGAUGCCACAGAUGAAGAGCUCGAGCAAGCUGCAAAGGCUGCCCAGAUCUGGGAUAAGAUUCAAAGCUUUCCAGAUGGGAUGAACACCGUUGUCGGGGAGCGUGGUGUUCGCUUGAGUGGUGGUGAACGGCAGCGCAUGGCAAUCGCACGCGCAUUUUUGAGAGGAUCACCGCUACUCCUGCUCGACGAGGCAUCUUCUUCUCUAGACUCAGCAACAGAACGGUCGCUACAAGAAGCGUUGAAAACUCUCUUGCAAGGCCGCACGAGCUUGACGAUCGCGCACCGACUCUCUACCAUCAUCAACUCGGAUGUCAUCAAUGUCAUCUCGAACGGCCGCCUCGUGGAAAGUGGAACGCACGAGGAGCUCAUCGUCAAAGAAGAAGGCACGUAUCGGCAGCUUUGGUUGAAGCAAGUGCAGACUCAGAAAGAAGCAGAGGCAGCGGCGGCUGCCGCUGCCCAAGUCAAGGCAGAGGCAGAGCUUGAACCGUUGACAAGUAACCCGACGUCUCCGAAGUCGCCCUUCGCGGCAGCCGCCGUGCAGGAAGCCCAAGCAGCAUCGAGCCGGUCCAAAGUCUUAAAAUCACUGUCCCCGCCGAUGGACUUGGCUAGCGGUACGGUGCCCCCUGCACAAGUAAAUGACGUGUCAAACGAUUUUCCCGCUCCGAAGGGGACUUCCGCAAGAAAUGACGGUCCCGUAAGCAGGGGAAGACGUAGCGAAGAUUUGAAGGAAGACACCAUCAAGGCAGUAACAUCUCCAGCACCAGCGCCUGUUGGUCAGUCAAAAGGUUCUUCAGCCGAUUCUGUCGCCUUCCCACGGACUUUAGAAGAAGCUGCGGGAAAGAAGCACCCAAACAGCCAGUUCGUCGAUGGCCAGCCAGCGCCUUCUGGCGCCGAGGUGGAUCUGGAGAGAGGCAACACGAGCGUGGACAUCCAAUCAAGCAUAUCUACGCGCUCCUUCAGGAAGCGAAUCAGCAGCCUAAUCAAAGGCCAACCGCACUCGGUGCAAGACGCCAGCAACAGCGGAUCCGUUGGCGAUCACCCUGGCCACUCAUCGCAAGGGACGCUGGACUCGUCUGCACCGACAGGUUCUACAUUUACUGCGGGAAGAGGAGCGAGUUCUCGGCGUAAGAAUGACAAGCGAAAGGGAAAGGGAAAGAGCAAGCGGUGAUGCGAUGUGCCUUGAAUCUGUUCGGCAUCGGCGAAGCCGUCGACGAAGCGUCCAUGAACGCGAAGACUGUGCCAUUGUAAUUUGCUAUCAUGAUUCUCCUAUGGUGUUCUGC